CCUAUCGAUCCCUACCCUUCCUCAGCCGGAUCGGAGAUCGGACGCCACCCGGAGCCAGCACGGUCGGCAAUGUACUUUAUCUUAUUGCGAUGUCUUCCUGUUGGUCAUCUCGUGCUCAGUUUCCUGCCCAAAUCGCGUGGUUCCGACGCCGCCAUCCAUCCCUGCUUCCGGCCCGUUUUUAAGGAGAGUGGCUGUAAGAGUGGGCUGAUGAUUGAUGACGACGGAUCAAUCAAUACUUGCUUCGAAAGAUCAUUCCUCUUUUAUUUAUAUUAUUUUUCCACUCAGUCCUUGAAGGGAUAACAGUUUGUUGGAAGUGGCUAACAACACGUUGAUAAGGGCAGUAUUUCGGAUCUUCCGAGUCGUCGGCUUUCAUUUUAUUCCAUAACCUCGUUACCCUUAUGUAGCCUUAGCUUCCAUAAUCUUAUAGUGACUCAAUGAUGAAAUUUGACAGUUAAUUUGCUACUAUCUAUUGGAAAAUUGAAUGUUUGCAUGCAAUCUCUAGCUUUAGUCCAAAUUAUGGAAGCCUGCUAUGAGUAAGACUAUGGACCCAUCUAUUUUCUUCUUUGCAACUUGCGACGCAGCAUUGCUUUCUGAUACCCACUAUGAGACCCUAAAACUGCUUGCACACCUUAUGCAACCCACCAUAGUGAGGGCACCAUGACUGUAGUCAUUCACCUUCUAGUGUUUUUUUGCACGUCUCCUGCUCCAUUUCAAACUCACAAAUCACAUUUUCGCACAACUACAAGUUCAUAUGGUCCAUUGUUCCUCAAAUCUGUAUCAAAAGAAAGGUGAUAUAAUGAUUGCUCUGUAUCAAAAGAAAGGUGAUAUAAUGAUUGCUUGCAGUCUUCUUAUUAUAAAGCUUUGUUGAUACUAAAUCAUGCUAGACUUUUUGGAGACUCACAAAUUAAGAAAAUUCUUCUAUUCAAACUAAGGCACAGAGUUCACCAAGAUUUAGAACCCAUCCCAUUGCAUACAUUAGCUUACCAGAUUAAUCAAUUUUGUGGUCUUUCUCUUUCACUACAGAAAUCAAGCUCUUGGUUCUUCUCGGCCACAGUCACUGCUUCAGCUGAUCUAUGGGUGACGGCUUGAGAACACAUUUUGUAUCAGAGGGUGAAAUGAAACAUUUACUAUAAGAAACUGAGUACCUGCUGCUCAGUCAUCAACACUGAGAAUCCAUCCACAAUGGCCAGAGAAGAUUUCUUCUUGAAGGUGUCAGGUUGGAGGAGCUCCGCUAGCAACUGGUUUAUUGCUCAGAUGCUCAUACUGAGGAUUGAAGUUCAUGAUGACAAAGCAAAGCUCAGGUUUCUGAUCUCCCAUUCCCUCCGAGACAUAACGCAUUGGAGUGAAAAUGGAUCAAAGAUGCUCAUUGAAGCAAACAUAGAGAAAAUUAGCAAUCUGGCCGUGCCCUAGAGGCAUGGUCGAGUGUCUCCCACAGCAACGCACAUGGGCAGGUCGUGCCCUGAGACACUAUCAUGCCCCUCCACAAAGUUCCACACGGCUCUUAUCAGAGCCAGGCUCCGAUUUCGGAUUUUUAUGUUAUGGAGUUUGUGAGCGUAUCUGAGUAUUUUCGGAUUGUACGGAUUUCUAUCGAUUUUUCGAUUCGGAAUUCCGAGGUAUAUUUUGACAAGGUUUUAUUUGGGGGACUAAGCAGUGACAGGACAUCUCCAGACGACAAAUAGGUAAAUUAGGUAAUUUUAUAGUUCUCAUACUUGUAGUGAUAUCUGGGUAACAUUGUUUAACAGAUAUGACACAUAUAUGUAUUCCAGUACCGAGACGUGACCGACCACGUAAGAGGGCGAUAGAUUCUCCGGAGACAGAGUCUCCAGAGAGAUCUGCUGGGGUCGAGUCUGUCCGUCAGGGACAGACUCCUCAGGGUAUUGUGAGCGCGUCAGGUUAUCAGACCCUGACGGUUCCGACUUCAAAGGUACCUAUCUCAACAGUACCAACAGUGGUACUAUCGUCGGCAUAUCCGACGCCACCCCCAUCAGCAGUAUCUGCGGUAUACCCGACACCCCCUCUAGCCGUGUCUGCUAUUGCGUACUCGGUACCACAAAUACCUGUGCCGACUACUACAUACUCUACACCCGUACCAGCAGUACCACCCAUAGGACCAGCUCCAGUGGUUCCGUCAGUUCCUGCAGCCGUCCCUACUCAUCACACUGAUAUAGUUGCGGCACGAGCUCGAAUCCCAGCUUUGGCAGAGUCGAUGAAGAGUCGAUUCACUCUAUUUCGUGGAGAGACCGAUCCGAGUGUAGCCCAGUCCUGGAUAGAGACUAUGGAGCGAACCUUCUUCUACAUGACUUGCUUUGAGUGGGAGAAAGCAGAGCUGAUUGUUUUCUAUUUACUAGAUGAGGUUGAUAUCUGGUGGGAUGUGCAGCGCUCCAUCCUAGGCGAGCAUAACAUUACUUGGGCGAGAUUCAGAGAGGCUUUUGAGAGCCGGUACCUUUUACAGGCAUAUCAAACGACUCGCCGACAGGAUUUUCUGAACCUUCGGCAGAACAAUUGCACCGUGACAGAGUACAAUGCUAAGUUUAAUCGGUUGGUCAGGUUUUGUCCAGAAUUAGUUGCUGAGGACAGAUCCCGCAUGCUUCAAUUUAUCCUGGGACUGGAUGGACAUCUGCAAGUAAAACUUGCCGGUUUUGGGAGUUCAUCCUAUUUAGAGACGUUGGACAGAGCCCUCAUGAUUGAGUUAGCUUAGCAGAGAGCGUUUCCGGAUAGGAAAAGGAAGCAGCCGGAUCAGAUAUCAGGAUAGAUCCAGCUGUUACAGGCAACCGGACAGUAGCAGAGUGGUCGCAGUCGGCCAGUUCAGGGUACUUCUGGGGCUUCUGGGCAGCCUCAGAAGUCAGGGCGUUCUUCAUCAGGACGUUCCCGAUCUUCUCAGCAGAACCGAAAACAGCUUGCCAGCGACACUCACUGCACUAGAUGUGGGUCUAGAGACCACGUCACCUCAGUCUACGGCCUGAGACAGUCAGUUUGCUAUUACUGCAAACAUUCUGGGCACUGAGCCGAGAUUGUUCGCUGAAGGCUCAGCGUAUGGCUUCCGGAGUUGUUGUUCAUGAGGGACAACACAAUCAGUCAGGGACUCGGCGAGGAGGGCAGAGAGCCCAAUCUUCGCAUAGUCAGCAGAGGACAUCUCCCCCUGCAGCAGCUGCAUAUGACAUGCAUGGACAGGAGCACUCCAAUGCCCUCAUAGUACCACAGAGUUCAGUUGUGGGACCUCAGUAUCAGCCGCAACCUCAACCCCUAGUCCAGUAUCUGCAGCCCCAGGCACUGGUCCAAUACCAAUCAUAGCCCCAGCCGUUGGUCUAGUAUCAGUCGCAGCCUAUAUAUUCGUCUCUGGCUCAGUACCCGGUACUGUCACAAUGGCAGGCUCAGACUCAGGUGGCGCAGCCUUUGGCAGCACUACCACCUCCACCACCGCCAGAGAUCGGACGUAUUCACGCGAUUACCAGAGAGGAUGCACAGCGGGUCAACGGAUCUAUUUUUCGUGGUAUGGUUUUACUUUAUGCAUUCGCUGAUAUGCUGAUUGAUACUGGUAUCUCGUAUUCUUUUAUUUCCUGUGCCUUUAUGAGGGACAUAGGUAGACUACCGACUCUUAUACCGCAGCGACUGACCGUCUCUCUACCGUUCGGUGAUGCUUUGGACGUCACCUAGGAGGUCAAAGGUUGCUCGUUAGACUUUGGCAACCAGAUACUUAUGGUAGAUCUUUUAGUACUGAAAAUGGUCGACUUUAAUAUUAUUGUUGGCAUGGAUUGUUUAUCAGCAUAUCAUGCCACUGUUGAUUGUCAGACGAGGGUGGUCACAUUCCGGCCUCCGAACCAACCCUUGUGGGAUUUCACUGCAUCAGAGACGAUGACAUAUCGACCAUUUCGGCGAUUCAGGAUCAGAAGCUGCUGUCACAUGGCUGUUAGAGUUUUCUAUUAUCUUUGAUUCAUACUGAAGACGACAGUAGUUCUCAACUCUCCGACGUUCCGGUAGUCCGAGAGUAUCCGGAUGUAUUUCCAGAUGAGCUACCAAGCUUGCCUCCCAGAAGGCAAGUGGAGUUUGCUAUUGAGCUGAUUCCGGGGACCGCGCCAACAUCGAAAGCUCUAUAUCGUAUGGCGUUGAAAGAGUUGGACGAACUAAAGGUCCAACUUCAGGAGUUAUUGGACAAGGGAUUUAUUCGUCUGUGUUUCUCCGUGGGGUUCUCCGGUAUUAUUUGUCAAGAAAAAGGAUGGUACUCUGAGGUUGUGCAUAAAUUAUAGACAGCUGAAUGCAGUGACCGUCAGAAAUAAG